AUGGCCACCGCAGCAGCACUCGCACCCCGCGACAUCCCGACCACGCUCAACUACUAUGUGCCGCUCGACGGCUCGACCGAGGCGCCCUAUUCAUACGUCGAGCCCCCGGCAGACAAGCCCCGCACCAACGUCGGCGGGGAGCCCUACCCCGUGACCAUCCGCGACGCCCGCACGAGCCAGGAGGAGCUCACGCUCGACAAGAACGGCUUCCAGUUCGUCAAGUGGCCGAGCGUCGAGAGCGCGUUCGACAACGACGAGCGCAUCAAGGAGAAGUACUACCCCGAGGUCGAGGAGCUCUUGAAGAAGGUCGCGGGCGCGAAGCGCGUCUUCAUCUUCGACCACACCAUCAGGCGCCGCAAGCCCGGAGAUUCUACUGAGGAGGGUCCUGGAAACCGUGGCCCGGCGGAGCGCGUGCACAUCGACCAGACCUACCAGGCGAGCGUGAACCGCGUCAAGUACCACCUCCCCGAAGACGCAGACCGCCUGCUCAAGUCGCGCGUGCGCAUCAUUAACGUCUGGCGGCCCAUCGAGAACCCCGUCGCGCACCACCCGCUCGCGGUCUCCGACUGGCGCUUCCUCGACGAGAAGGACCUCGUGUCGACGCGGCUCAUCUACCCGCACCGCGAGGGCAGCACGUACAGCGUGCGCUACAACCCGAACCACAAGUGGUACUACCUCUCGGACCAGACGCCGGAGGAGGUGAUCCUGAUCAAGUGCUUCGACUCAGAGGAGGACAAAGCGCGCCUGACGCCGCACACGGCGUUCCCAGACCCGACGGCGCGUAAGGACGCGCCGCACCGUCAGUCGAUCGAGGUCCGUGCUUUGGUGUUUGACGAUGAGUAG